AUGUGGUGGUGGAAGAAGAUGAAGGGGCGGUCCAGGGGCAUCCAACCCACCCGCUUGUCGACGAGGGCCCAGCUCCUUCAGCUCCAGAUGGAGAACGAGCACCUGAAGGCCCAGCUCGAGAGCGGCGUCAAGAAAGAGAGAGAAGAGAGGAUUAACGAGAUAUUUAGCAAGGCACAGCAGGCAGAGGUGUGCUUUCUCGUUGACUGCACUGCCAGCAUGGCGAGGUACAUCGAGGAAGUGAAGUCCAAAGUCAUGGACAUCGUGAACGAUGUCAGGAAGUCGUACAAGCAGCUAGACCUGCGAAUGGCGUUCAUCGGAUAUCGUGACUUCGGUGACGAAAACCGGCUGUCGAUCCUGCACCUCACCAAGGACAUUCAUGCUUUUCGUACGUUCGUCAGCCUACAGAAGGCCACCGGGGGUGAUGAUGAAGCGGAGGAUGUUUUUGGAGGAUUGGAUGCAGUUUUGCAGCUCGAAUGGGAAGCUCCCACAAGGGUGCUUAUCCAGGUGGCAGAUGCGCCAGGCCACGGUAAAAGGUUCCAUCCAGAGGGCCGCAGGCUAUGGGAUCAGAAAGACCAUGCUCUAUCAAAGGACGGAAAGGACAGGCAUGGUCUUUCAGCCGAGGCACUGAUCCCUCAGAUUUUCAAGGCAGAUCUGUCGUACCAUUUCUUCCACGUCAAUCGCACCAACACAGAGAAAAUGAUCGAGGAAUUCAACAAAAUUUGCCGUCCGUCUGGUUUUGCAAUCGUUGAAGUUGACUUGGAGGGGGCACCUGACUCACUGAAGAAGUCGGCAGUCAUGACAGUGACUGGGUGCAUCGCGGCAACUGCGCACAUACUGUCACGGGAGAUGCCAACUGUAACGACAAUUGCUGACAGUGUCACUGACAGCCACAGAUUCGAGAAGAAAAUUCCCAAUUGGAAGAACAUUCGUCAGCGAACGGCAUUUGCCACCUGGUUUCAGCCGCCGGCUUCAGUGGCAGAUGUGAGGGAAGGAAUGGAACUUGAGAAGAAGAGCGGUAUAAUCCAAAUCAAAGUUGCACCGCUCCCCUUUUCUGAGGGGCACAUGCGCCAGGCGUAUCACGCAGCAUGCAUGCGUGGUGUGGCUGCAUCACAUGGGAAGCUUGUUGCCAAGACAUCCAGGAGCCACAGAAUCAACACUGUGACAGCAUACGAGGAUCAAAUGGAAAUACAAUGUGUUUCACAAUUUUUGGCUGAAGAAUUCAAUACAGUGCUGCAAAAGGAGAAACCUGGGAGUCCACAAGUGCAGUUUCUGCAAGUGUACACCGUCCAAGCAGAGGGCAAUGCUCCUUACUACGCCAAUCUGGAGCCAUUCGUUGAGGGCAACUUUGAAAAGUUCAACAACAAUGCUGGCUACGUGUCUGCCUCUCAUGACGCCCUUCAGGCAUUCAGCCACUGGACGUAUCAUGCAACGAAUGGAUAUCUGAUGGUUGUCGACCUCCAGGGUGUGAUGGUCGGCAAGGACUAUAUCCUUUCAGAUCCCGCCAUCAAUUGCAGAGAACUAGUGCAACGCUCUCCGCAUCUGGGCAACAGAUUUGGUUCCACCAAUCUGGGCACCAGAGGGAUGGAGUCGUUCUUUACAAACCACAGGUGCAGCUCUGUGUGCCAGGCGCUGGGGCUCUCACCGCAGGUAGCAAGGCGCUGA